UCCGAUAAAAUUGGAACGAUACAGAGAAGAUUAGCAUGGCCCCUGCGCAAGGAUGACACGCACAAAUCGAGAAAUGGUCCAAAUUUUUUUUUGAUUCUCCGUCCUGCGAUUCCAGCAACUGUUCUUCGAAUUUAGUCUCGAAAGCUUUUAAUUUUUCAACUUUUUGGUCUUCUCGGAGUCAAGGGUGGCAGGAAAAUUAAAUAGUGCAUAGCAGGUGUUUGAUGAUAUUCCCCAAAAAAGAAAACGAUUAUGGGAAAUGUGAGAUCACCACUUGAUUUGUCUGAAGAGGAAUGGAACAGGGUUCUAAGAACAAACUUGACAGGGACCUGGUUGGUGUCAAAAUUUGUCUGCAAACGGAUGCGUGAUGCAGGUCGGGGAGGAUCAGUCAUCAACAUUUCUUCUAUUGCCGGUGUUAAUCGUGGGCAUUUGCCUGGAGGUGCUGCUUAUGCGUCUUCAAAGGCAGGCCUAAAAACGUUAACAAAAGUUAUGGCCAUCGAAUUGGGGGAAUACAAGAUCAGAGUGAAUGUAAUAUCACCAGGCCUUUUCAAGUCUGAGAUAACAGAAAAUCUCAUGCAGAAAGCCUGGCUCUCCAAUGUGGCUGCUAGAACUGUCCCUUUAAAGGAACAUGGUACCUCAGAUCCAGCAUUGACAUCGUUGGUGCGGUAUCUGAUUCAUGAUUCUUCGGCGUAUGUUUCAGGAAAUGCUUUCAUCGUCGAUGCCGGUGUUACCUUGUCAGGUGUCCCUAUUUUUUCUUCUCGUUAGGUUCUUGUGAAAUCUUAUGCGUUUGCGCUAUUGCAGAAUUUGAAUCCAGAAAGCAAGAAUAUUAGGACUUAAAUCUUGGUACAGUUGUAAAUAUUGUUUGUGAUUAUCAUGUGCCAAUAUUUACAAAAGUUGUUUCGAAUUAUAACGUCAAGAAUCAUAUUCUACUAUCUCCUCAAACUCAAUCUCAUUCCCUUUCUGUGGAAGAAUCAGUUCCAUGUUUGACAAACUCAUCAUCAUGUCAUCUUCUCUCUAGAUUUAAGGACCGUUUUCAGUCAAGCAAUACCUUUUUCGGCAAUGGUAAAAAAACCCGCUUCAAGUGCUAGUUGCUGGUGCUCCUGGUCUAUUGUAUCUCUUUACAUCACAUUUUUUCCAAUAAUUGUUUUUCUGUUAGGAAAUAUUGGUUCAAGAAUAGAUCAUUAAGAUUUUGUUCUGAUAUAUUAUUAUGUAUAUUAUUCUGAUUAUUUCCAGUAGCUUUUGUAAUUAGAUGAACUUAACGUGUUAUACAAGCUUUAGAA